AACCAAACGCGAUUGUCUGAGGUUACAUUUGUCAAUGUCAAAGUUUUUGAUGAGGUUAUGUUUACGUUUGUGUUUUGAUCAACAAAAUGUAAAUAAGAAUCAUUUAUAGAAAAUAAAAUUAGCAAAUAAAUAAAAUCUAAAUAUAAUUGAGCAAACGCUUCACAAUGACCUCAAUAGAUAAUAUAAAAGAUACUUCAACGCCAAAACGCCGUCGAAUGGGCACUGGAAGAAUAUUUCGAUCAAGUUUACAAAAAAACAAACCAAACAAUGAUCUACUGAUGGGUUUUAGCCCAGUAAUGAUUCCCAAACAUAGUCAAGCUGAGAACAGCACAACAGACAGAUGUGAUUCCCCGCUUUUGCCAUGCAAUCAAGUAGAAUUUCGAAGUAUUUGUGAUUCGGAAAAUAAUAGUUCCAUUUGUGAUAUUCCAUGUUCCCCAGAUGUUUUACCGGCUUCAAUUGAAAACGAAUGGGAGUCAUUAAAUAUAUGUACUAGUAAUAUAAAUGAAAUUGAUGAAAUAAGUAAGACGGAAGACAGAAAUAAUCAGGCAUUGCCGGAACUUAUAGAAGAGAUUUCAGAUGACAUGUUCCAAUCGAAAUUGGAACAAUCUCACAUUAAAGAGAUUGAUAAGAAGUUCACAGAUAAUAUUGAAAAGAGUUUUGACAUGGUAAAUCAAUCUAUUAGUAAUUUUGAUGAAGUUAUGAAGAGCAAAAGUCUAUUAUUUGAAACUAGAGAUUCAUUCCUUCUCGAUGUUAAGGAAGAUCCUACACAGAACAUACCUAAUCAGAAUAUCAAGAAUAAUGAUGUCAAAUUAGAUAAUACUUUUUAUGGUUUGCCAAUGAUUGCUAAAGGUCUGUUUAAAACAUACAGGAAUAUAGAGAAAUUUUAUGAAUGGCAAGAAGAAUGCUUGAACUUAGAGGCGGUGCGUGAGAGAAGAAACUUGAUCUAUGCCUUGCCGACAAGUGGAGGCAAGACCCUUGUAGCUGAGGUGCUCAUGCUGAGGGAAGUACUCAACAGGAAGAAGAAUGCUUUAUUUAUACUGCCUUUUGUGGCUAUUGUACAGGAAAAGAUCUGGGCAUUAUCAACAUUUGCAGUUCAACUAGACUUUUUAGUUGAAGAAUAUGCAGCAGGCAAAGGUCACAUACCGCCUAAAAAGAGACGCAAAAAGAACAGCAUAUACAUAGCAACUAUUGAAAAAGGCCUGGCCUUAGUCAGGAGUUUGAUUGAACUAGAUAGACUGCAUGAAAUUGGCCUUAUAGUGGUAGACGAACUUCAUUUGAUUGGCGAGAGUGGUCGCGGUGGAACAUUAGAAACAUUAUUAACAACUGUUAUCUUCACCAACAAGGACAUACAGAUUGUCGGUAUGAGCGCUACAAUAGGCAAUCUACACGAGAUCGCUCAGUUCCUCCGAGCCGACGUGUUCCAGCGUGAGUUCCGCCCAGUGGAGCUGACGGAGUACGUCAAGUUGGGGGAUAUGCUGCACAAGAUCGUGUGGGGACCCGAGGGCGUUGAGAUUGUACCGGAUAGAGCGCUUUCUUAUAAUUACUCGGCAGCAGCAACAUCCCUCGACCCUGAUCUCAUCGGUGGCUUGGUGUCGGAAGUGGUGCCUAGAGGCUCUGUACUCGUAUUUUGUCCAACGAAACGUAAUUGCGAGAAUGUCACCACCUUACUAUGCAAGCUACAGAGACGUGAAAUGGUGUCCCACAAAGCAGCUGAACGGCAAGCACUGGAAAGUGCUUUAAGAGCUGAGGGGGCAAACUCCGAUCUUGCACAAGCAGUGCGAUAUGGCAUCGCUUACCAUCACGCGGGCCUUGCAAGCGACGAGCGUUCGCUGCUAGAACAAGCUUAUAGGGCUGGUACAAUAUCAGUAUUAUGUUGUACAUCAACACUGGCGGCCGGGGUGAACCUGCCAGCUCAGCGUGUCAUUAUCCGCGCGCCGCUGGUUGGGAGGGACUUCCUCACGCUGGGAGCCUACCGGCAGAUGGUGGGCAGGGCCGGUCGGGCGGGCGUCUGUGACAUGGGUGAGAGUAUAGUGAUAUGUGGUGCAAGCGUUUGGCCAAAGCUACAGACCGUGCUACGCGGGGGCCUGGCGGCGGCUCGCAGCGCUCUGCGGCGUGGGGCCCAGGGGCCCGGCUGUCUACCCGGCCUGCUAUUGAGCGGUGCAGCUUUACGCCUGGCCUGUACUCGCGCGCGCAUGCGGGAGUUCCUGGCCUGCACGCUACUAGCAGUCACUGGUGAUGAUUCUUGCAGUCCAUCAGAUAUAAACUCGAUACUCGACGAGACGUUACGCUCCCUUUUACAAUCUGGCGCCCUAGAAGUGGUGAAGGUGGACAAGGGACAAGGGGUGCUGGGUGAGGGGGACGCAUCACACGUGGCAGUGCAGGAGUGUCGCGUGUACAAUGAUACGGAACUGGCCGUCAGUGCAUUGGGCAGCGCUGCUAUUAAAGCUUGCAUGGAUCUGACAGUAGCUGAACAGUUCCUCGCAGACUUGGAUCAAGCCUCUAAGAGCCUGGUCGUGAUGGGGAGCCUACAUCUGUUGUACCUGGUGACCCCACAAGAUGCCGCAUCCAUCAAGCCAGACUACGCUCAUUAUUAUUCUUUGUACUCCAAUUUAGACGAGGAAGGUGUUCAAACUGCUAAAGUUUUAGGUAUCACGGAGCAAAACGCUAUACGAAUGAUGACUGGGAAACCAAUAAAAAACGUAUCUGAGAAAGUAUUGUGUCGGUUCUACUUGGCUCUGAUGUUACAUGACUUGUGGAAGCAAGUCCCUUUCCCUGUCGUCGCCCAAAAAUACAACAUCCCCCGCGGCACGGUGCAGUCGGUGCUGGGGGCGGCGACGAGCGCGGCAGUGAGCGGCGCGCGGCUGUGCGGGGCGCUGGGCGCGCGCUGGCUGCCCGCCGCGCUGCUCGCCGAGCUGGCGCCCCGUCUGCAGCACGCCGCCGCGCCUGAACUCAGCAUGCUCAUGGACCUGCCUAAUGUUAAGAAGGCGCGUGCCCUGCAGUUGUCCCGCGCGGGGUACAAGCGCGUGGAAGACGUGGCGCGCGCCUCCCCCGAGGAGCUGGCCUCCGCCGUGCCCCAUCUAGCGCGCACCACCGCCACGCAGCUCGUCAGCGCCGCGAGGAUGAUACUCAUUGAAAAAGUGGAGAAUCUUCGAGCAGAAGCUGAGGACGUGAUGGAUGAGCUGAAUUGUUGAUUACCUAAAUAUAUGUCU